AUGCAUCGGUAUAAUUAUUUAUUACAUGCAGCGCCAAAAGACGUACGCGAUUAUUUAAAAGAUGUUAAAAGUGGCGAUGAAAUUCAUUCUCUUCAAUCUCUUCGCACAAAAUUAAAUGCGAUCAGUUCACAGUCAGCCGAAUCGAUGAAAAAGAAUGUUUUCCUCAAUUAUAAACAGUUUAUAAACACUUCUAAAGAGAUAUCACAUUUGGAGAGGGAAAUUUAUGAAUUAUCAUCACUUUUAUCUGAUCAAAAAUUAUUAAUUGAAAAUUUAAUGCAAAUGAAUGGUGAUGAUCAUUCUUCUGUUUGCACAUCUUCGAGUCAUAACACAUCGAUUACAAGCAAUCAUAUAAAUGCAUUAAUGCAAAAAAUGGAUGGAAUUGCUGGAAUAUUAAACAGUUUACCAAGCUCGGAACGAGUGAUAAUGUACGGAGAAGUAACUCAGCUCGAUAGCGAUAAUAAACGACCAUUAAAUCCUGCAUUACUUAUUCUUCUAUCAGAUCGUUUGCUUAUUGGACAUCCUUCUACAGGUAAAUAUCGUUUCCAUCUAGAAUCUUCUCAUCAUUUGAAUUCCUUGGCUGCAGUUAACAUAAAGGAUAGAGAUGGUGAUGGCACCGAUAGUUCCUUUAAAUUGCUCAUUUUUCCAGAUCAAAGAGUUUAUCAAGCGGAAAAUAAUAGGCUGAAAAGAGAAUGGUUAGAAAAUAUCGAAAAUGCAAAGCGAAGUCUUCUAAACGAAGGAUUGCUAGUAAGGCAAACAACAAUACGUGUUAAGCGCAAACGUGGUAACCAUUCAGGGUCGAAAUAUGAGUCUUCCAAUAAUUCAGCCAUGCGAACAAUUGAUGAGACAAAAGUUUCUGAUGAAAGCGCUUGGCUAAAUGAAUUACCAGCAGAACUUGAUGACUGUAUUGCCCAUCGCGAUAUGGAACAAGCGGUAGAGUUAAUUAAUGAAUGGAAAAGUUGUCCAUCACGUAACUCAAAUAUCGAUGCUCAAAUGGUCAUUCGAGAGCGACAAAUUGUUCAAUUACUUAUUGAUGAGGUACGGAGACCGGGCGCAUUGCAUGGUGGUCCUCGAGCUGUGCGGAAGGCGAUAAAUUUAUUAACGAGCUUAGGCCGAGCUUCUCAAGUUGUUGAGCUCUAUUUGAAGAGAAGAAGUGCAGUCCUACGGAUUAAUGCUCGUGAAUUAACGAUGAGUGAAGAACCACUGUCUUAUGUUCGCCAACUUUCUCAACAAUUCUUGGGAACGAUAUCAGACGUGGCCACUGAAUUUACAACUCAGCCGGAACAUUAUUCACUUAUCUUGCAGUGGUGUUCUAAUGAACUCAGUUUAAUGUUGUCAUUAAUUCGCCGUAAUGUUAUUGAAGUUGCUCCAACAAUUGCUGUUUUAGCUCAUACAUGGAGAAUUUUGAUGUCACAUUGCAAAAGUUUAUGUGCGAUUGGAAUUGAUCUUUCAUUUGAAGUCCAUCACCUUCUCGUACCUUCAUUAAUGAGUGCUAUUGAGACGAAUUUCGAUAAUAUCAUAGAGUCGAUUCGUUUACGCAUUUCGGAAGAGCGUUGGCGUGUUUAUAAUAUGGAAAGUGAAUCCAAUGUUAACCGAUUCUUAGAGGAAAUGUCUGAUCUUGGAUUAUGUAUUGAUUGGACAGUUUCGAGUAAUAAUCGAUGCUGUAUUAAUAUUACGCAGAAUGCUUGCCAUUUUUCUAGAGUCGCUCAGUCUUUAUCCAAAGAACUUUCAAUACUGAGGUGCUCUCAGUUGCGUGAUAUGACUGAUUCAUUUAUGGUGCAGUUAUGGACUGAAUACCUUUCGCAUCUUUCAAAUUCACCUCAUUCAUCCGUGCAGCAGCAUACAUGCACAUUUAUUGUUUCACAGUUAUUACCAUCAUGUGAUUUCGUUUAUGAUGGUUCUCGAAGAGGUAUUCUCGAUGGUUUGCUUCAAAAUAAAUUCAGUGAAUUGUUGAAAUAUAAAUCUUCAUGCGAUGAAAAUGGUGAUAUGACAACUUCUGAUGAAGAAGUCGCACAUGUCUAA